AUGUUUAAAAACUCUGCCCGGUUCUACAAUCAUUUGCUAAACCGCUACACAUAUCCCGUACAAAUGGCGUCUGCCGGCAUGCUUUGGUUUUCGGGUGAUGUCCUCUGCCAAUACUUGGUUUGGCACGCCAGCUCGGGCACCGAGCUUUCCUGCUGUACGUCUGCCACAUGCCCAGAGUGCAUUUGCGAUUCUACAAUGACACCUGUGCAGCGGGAGCGCUCCACAUUUACUCAGCAAAUCGACUGGCCAAGAUCUGUUCGAAUGACUUUGUAUGGAACGUUUUUUUCUGCGCCAAUUUAUACAUUCUGGUUUACCCUUUUAGAAAAGCUUUCAACACACACGUUCAAAUCCUACCCGAGCUCCGUGAUACCCUCAAAGCUGCUCAAAACUCCCUCCCAUCUUCAAAGCGCAAAAGUUUCCAACGCAACAUCCAGAUUGCUAAAAAUAACUGCCUUCAAGACUUUCCUUGACGUAAUCGUAUUUGAUCCUUUCUAUUUGUCGUUCUUUUUUACCGUCUCCGGCUGCAUGGAAAAUAGGUCAAAAGAGGAUAUCAAAAAAAAGCUGCAUGACGAGCUUUCCACAACGUAUUUGACUGGCGUUGCUGUGUGGCUUCCAAUUCAAUUCGCCAACUUCCGAUACAUUCCGGUCCCUUAUCAACCCUUGAUCGUCCAAGGUGUAAAUCUUUUUUGGAAUUCUUUCCUUUCUUGGGUCCAACACAAAGAAUCUAGGAAUCAUUAA